CUAAAUUUAUGUUAUAAAAAUCAGAGCUUUGAUAUUUUCACUAGCUUUUAUUAGUGCAUUCAUAAAAUGCCAGAUGAAAAGCAUGAGGUUGUCAGUAUUCCCGUAAAUUGCGAAAACCGUACAUUUGAGAAACAAAGACGUGAUUUGCUAAGAACCUUGGAACAUAAAAGUGGUGAUGGCUCCAUUGAGUUAUAUACUGAUGGAUGGCCUGAACGAUUAAAUGGUUGGAUUGAUUCGUCGUGGAAAAGCUGGAAUGAUCAAAUUCGACGUUUGAGACAAGGAAUGUUUGUACUCUUGCCAUUAAGUACAUAUGGUCUCGUGGGGACUUGUGACCCCGUUUUACUUAUGGAUCAAAUGGAGCGUCAAAUGCAAGACAUGCGUGACCAGAUUCGUGAUGAUCAAGUGCAUUCGAUAGGCUCAAUAAGCGAUUAUCUUAAGGAUGCCUAUGAAAUAGGUGAAGAUGGGAAGGUGCACUUUCAUGUGUGCUUCAAUUUGGAGGGCUUUGAACCCAAGGAUAUCAAGGUGACAUCGACCGACAAUUACGUUAAAGUACAAGCAAAUAAGGAGACAAAAACGGAAGAUUCCAGUUGUUCUCGUGAAUUUUGCCGCAUAAUUGAACUCCCUAAAUCGAUCGACCGCAACCAAUUGAAUUGUAGUCUAACUAGUGACGGUGUGUUGAAGCUUGGAGCUCCAGUUAAUGUGCCUGACUACCAAUCACUCACAUUCAAUGACAACGGUCAGAUUGCCAUUCGGCCUAAAUCACACAAUCAAGUUCAAAAUGCUCACAAACUGGCAGUCAAGGGUGAUCAUGGUUACUCCAUUGUUGAAAACGAAAACGGUGGUAGAGAUUUACAUGUUGAAUUAUCAUUGGAUCCAAUCUAUAAACCUGAAGAUUUGUGCAUCAGUGUUGAUUCAAAACGAAUUAUGGUUUCGGGUUGUCACUACAUGAAUGGUGAUCAUUCGAGUUCCUAUACUAAUUUCACUCAUUCAUAUGAAAUUCCGGAAACACUGGACCCAUUGUCUGUUUCUGCUCAAGUGAUUGACCAAACGCUAGUUUUGGAAGCACCUCUGAUGAAGUGUCAUAAAGUGGAACAGUGAUAUGAUCUGAUUAAUCUUAUUUAUUUAAAUCAAAUAUAUUUUAUCAUUA